UGGGGAAUCUACAGUUCUUUAGACAUUUACAUGGUUUCUAGAGGCACAACUAUGGAGACUCCUGUACAACCUGGUUUUCGUGUGAUAAGAGGACCAGACUGGGCCUACAAGACCCAGGACGGUGGAAAAGGACAAGCAGGAACAGUCCUAAGUCAUCAAGAGGUCCAUCAACCGUACUCUCCCCCCAAAACUGUGGUGGUCCAGUGGGACAAUGGUAAUAAGGGUCUUUACCGGGUUGGGUACGACCAGGCCUUUGAUCUCAGGAUCAUUGACACUUCAAACUCAGUUUGUCAUCCUAAGAUCUGGUGUGAUGGGUGUAAUGUUGAUGAGAUCAGAGGUAUACGAUGGAGAUGCACUGAAUGCUAUGCCAUUGACCUCUGUACAACCUGCUACAUGAAUGAUGAACAUGAUCUUAGUCAUGUCUUCAUGAGAGUACUUUCUUCCCACAAGACAUCCAUGGGGUAAAUAGAUAUUUUUUUCGCCCAUACUCUCAAAAGAGCUUCCAAUUGUUCCUUGGUUCAAAAUCAUGGUUUAUGCAGAUUUCUUGUGUUACCGUGGUUCCUUUUCAGCACCCAUUUCCCAAAAUACGCAUAUAUUUGGAUUUUUCUUAGUGUACACAAUGAAAUGAAAUAAGCAUAAUUAUGUACCAAAAUUUGCUACAGUCCAUGGUUUUGUACCAUGCAAAAAUAGAAACCUCUUUCAAGAAUAGAGGCCUUUUAGUUUGAAUAAUUGCCUAAGACAGUGGCGGAUCCAGGGGGGGGGCACAACACACCCGUGCCCCCCCCCCCCCUUUGAAAGUGAAGACCUUUUUUUUUUUUGCUUGUAAAAUUUUCAUUGGUAAAAUGUGCCGCCCCCCCCCCCCCAUUGGUAAAUCCUGGAUCCUCCCCUGGCCUAAGAUAAGGGAAUUUUCAUCAAUUAAGAACUAAUGAUUUCAGUAAAGAUCAAGACAAUAUGGAAAUAAUAUUUUAAGAAAAAUUGAAUGUUUGAGAUUGUGAGUUUUAUUGUUGGAAGAUCUGAAAUUAGCAAUAUCACUAAUGGUUGUAUGAAAGAAAAAGCUGUGAGGUAGCUUGGUUUGUUCUAUGAUGAUAAGUUUCAUUUGUGUAAUGUCACAAGUAAUUGCUGACCAAAUCCAACAAAAGACCAUAUGUUUAUUUAAAUCAUCAUGUAAAUAAUUUUUAUAGAAAAUUACUUUUUGCUCAGUAAUUGAUGAAUUACUCUGGUACUUUAAAUAGAUGGCACUUUUUUGCAGGCAAAUAUUAAGUGGUUAUUUGUGUUUGGGAUUUUCAAUAUUCUCAAGUUUCCUUCUAAUUUAAAAGUAUUCAUUAUUUUACUUUAA